UUAAGACAAUCCAAAUGUACAAACGCUUCAAUCUCCGUUCGGCAUCCUUUGAGAGAACUAUAUGCUUCGCUUACUAAGAUUAACUAAUUAACAAAAUGGUUGACAUUUGUCACUACAAAGUUUUACAAAAUGAGGUAUAUGGCCGUUAUUUGACCGCGAACAAGGAUUUAGAAUGUGGGGAUUUAAUAUUUACAGAUUUACCUGUCACUGUGGGACCUAAGCCAGAUACCUCACCAUUAUGUCUAGGAUGUUACUGUCCCGUUGAAAAUUCCGUAUGUUCGCGUUGUAGUUGGCCAAUAUGCAGCACUGAAUGUGAACAGUCACCGCAACAUCUGCCGGAAUGUGAUGUUUUUUCAGAAGCGAAAAUGCGUUUUCAGCCUAUAGAAGACUGGACAGCGACAUCUCCCCAACUUGAUUGUAUAACGCCUUUGAGAUUGUUACUAGCGAGAGAAAAAGAUUUAGAUAGAUGGAAACGAGAAGUUGAAGUUAUGGAAACUCACACAGAGGCACGAAAAAAUAGGCCGACGUGGGAAGCCGAUCAAAUUAAUAUUGUAAAUUAUUUGAUUGAUCAUUGUAAGCUUAGAAACAGAUUUUCUAAAGAAUUAGUAGAACAGGUGUGCGGAAUUUUAGAGGUAAAUGCAGUAGAAAUUCCUUCGCAUGGUGGCUUCAGCAUACGCGCUGUGUAUCCUCGCCUAGCAAUAGCUUGUCACAGCUGUAUACCUAAUAUUACUCACACCAUCCUUCACAAAAAUUAUGAAGUGCAAAUACGAGCAGCAGUACCAAUAAAAACCGGCGAAAUCCUGCACUUAAGUUACACCCACAUCUUAUCACCUACUUUAAUACGUCGAGAACAUUUAUUAGAAUCUAAAUUUUUCAACUGUGAAUGUCCUCGGUGUGAAGAUCCCACUGAGCUUGGAACACAUUUGAGCACUCUGAAGUGUAAUAAGUGCGACAAUGGCUUAAUUCUUUCAACUAAUCCCUUGGAUAAUGGAGCAGAAUGGAAAUGCACAGAAAAGAACUGUCAAUUUAAGACAAGUGGUCCUGCGAUGCGUAAAAUGUUAGGCGUGGUUCUCGCAGAACUAGAACAGCUCGACGCUCUCGAUCCCGGACCUACUGCUAUAGAACUCAGAGAAGCUACUAUCAAAAAGUAUAAGUCAGUGUUCCAUCCACGUCACUCAAUACUCCUGUCUAUUAAGCACGCCUUAGCUCAACUAUACGGUCGCGUAGAGAAUUAUACGAUUGAUGAACUACCAGACGUGAUGUUAGAGCGCAAAGUGGAAUUCUGCCGUCUUAUAUUAAAAACAUUGGAAGUUAUAUCACCAGGAGACAGCAGAAUGAGAGGUAUGAUGCUAUACGAGUUACAUGCGCCACUAAUGUAUUUGGCUCGGAACGAGUUUGGAGCUGGUCUCAUUACUCAGGAAAAAUUGAAGGAGCGAUUGCAAGAACCUUUGCAGUAUUUAGCCGAUGCUGCUCGGAUACUGAGUAGAGAAGACCCUCAGAGUCCUGAAGGUAUUACUGGUAAUAUUGCACAGCAAUCUAUGGAACAACUGAAAGCUAGCUUAAAUUCGUUGUAACUGUUGCACAUGAUGUUAUAAAGAUUUAUUUUAUGGAUAGUUUAGUUACUAAAAUCCAUUAAACUUUAGAUCAUUUUAUUUAAGUUACUAAAUUUGUUUGUCGAAUUUUUUUUACG